AUGGCCUGGGGGUUUGAUCAGCAGCUGCCAGCGCUGAUGGCAGCUGGGUAUGCGUUGGCUGGCUGGACCGUUUGGCGCGGCUAUCGGUCCGCCCCUGCCAUGGCGGCGCUAGGAGCCGCCACCGCUGCUUGGCCCGAGGCCGGACUAACCAUCUACCUGGGUGCUGCAAUCUUGCAUGCGCUCUUCGUGCUCUACAUCUGGCCAAUGCCACGCCUGCCAGACCCAGAGGGGCCCCACCAACACCAGCAGUGCACCCUCACCUUUGUCCCCGGUCCUGGUGAGCAGGCUGCCCGCACCUCACUCUCGCAAUUUGCAAGGCGCGACCCGCAUUCAAAACACCCUGCUCAACGAAGCUCACUCAAAUCGAACGAACAUGCAGAGGGCCCGAUGCUGGUACGGAUUUUCAGCCCGAUUGAUCAGGCGGCGCAUGCUGCGCUGCCCCGGAUGCCAUUCAAGGAUGACGUGGCUGAGUGCCAUGGGUUUGUCCAGUACGGCGCCCCGGCUGUCGUCCAGCGAUAUUUCGGCUGGAUCCUUGACUAUUGGACACACGUUGAAACCAAUUUCGCCUUGGGUGAUGCCCCACCCAGCGUGCGGGAUGGCCCCAUCAUCAUCUUCUCCCACGGCAAUGGCGCUUCGAGCACCAUGUACCUGGGCACAAUCAGCGAACUCGUCAGCCGCGGAUCUACCAGCGUCGACUCAAGUGCUGGCUGCGACUACGUGAAAUGCGUCAACUUGUCGACUGGGGUGCGUUUUGACUCACCAAAGCAACGCUGCGCGCGCACACUUACUAAAUUUGCACAGACCUCUCACCUGAUGGCUGACACAGUGCGCAGCAAGGAACACCCGAUCCUGGCCCAGUGCGACACAAGCAAAGUCAUUGUAUCUGGCCACAGCUUUGGUGGGGUGACGGCACAAGCUUUGGCCUACUCGGAUAUGAUGCCUGAAGGUGCCAUUCAAGGCUGCCUCGUGAUUGACCCGGCCAUGGAUUGGGGACCAACGGGUUUGCGCCGUCUUUUGCUGGCGGGACAGGCCCAAGACGACUUUACUGAGGACUGCUCACCGCAGCACAAGGCCGCCGCCGGCCGUCUUGAUGGCGUCAACUUUUUGGCCUCGCGUGCGCGUGCCGUUCCAACUACCGUCAUUUACUCGGGCUCUUGGCAUGCCAGCGUGCCUCGGAUGCGCAGUGCCCUCAGCAGUCUGAUCACCGCCACUGGCCCCAAAGCCGUCGCCAUGGUUGAGCACUGCACGCACGUCGAGCAGAGCGAUGCGGGCGUCAUGCUCCCCAGUUUCGUGAGCAAGGCCCUCCACCUAGUGGGCCCCGAACGCAGCCCUGAAGCCAAGCUCCGUGACCAACGGGCAGCCUGCGUUGGCCAUCUCAACUACGUCCGACAGUCCACCCCCGGUGCUCCCCUAAAGACUGACUUGUCUGUCUUAUGA